CACCUCUUGAAGUCGGUACUUAGGCUGAAACAAGCGUACCAGUCUUACUGUUCUGAACGCAGCAGUUGAUAUUCGACUGACACUGCAAACGGUUCACUGACCACAAUGAUCUCGCUUUCUCUGGCGAAACUGUCGACCGCACAAGAUGCUUACCCUGACGAGCAGAACUUCCAAUGGAAGCACGAGAGUAACAACCUUACCUGUGUUAUUGACUCAUAUCAGGCUGGCGGCUCGGCACUUCAGCUACUGAAGGUGAUACAGGGCACACAGGUUCGAGUAAGAGCUGCAACUAGCCCUCACUCCAACACCUCGAAACCUGGUUGACCGACAGGAUUAUACUGAUACUGACGCAGCUUAUGUAGGAACAAAUCGACCUCGAGCGCCUGAUCAACGAAGCACAGGAUCUCGUGAGAAGCAUGCAACAACGCGGCAUUGAAAUGAAGGGCGAGCAACUGCCCAUCUCCGCCAUCGUCCGUUGCCCAUUGCUCGCCAUCCGGUGGCAGCUGUCAAAUCAGAAGGUUCGUCGUCUGCAGAUCCGCUUCCGGUCGAAUGAAGACUUUGACCAUGUCUACAAUCAUCUUCAUCACCUUGGCCUACGCAUGAGCCCUCCGCAAAACCAGUCAAAGGAUAGAGGUUCAACUGCAAGCUCAGAGCAAUCAAAAGCCAGCCCAAGACCACCGAUUUCACCUAAACGAACAGCUGCUCAGCCUACAGGUCCCUCAUGCCCUCCAUCAAAACUCUCAGAAAUCUCAAGCCGGCCUUACACUGCAGGUUCUGCACCUACCGCUCUGGAGUUACAAAUACAGGAGGCUGCCCACGCACGACCAAGCUCUGCCUUUCCAAGCUCUGGCUUCGCAUCCUCGAACCCCCUCACACCCCCGAUGUACUUUCUCAGGCCAGACUCUGCCUCUGUCGUUCCACCAGAUUAUUCUCCCAGUUUUCCACCUCGGGAUCAACAAGUUGCAAGCGUCGAGCAGCACGAGGCAUCUAUCUCACGCCCGGAGACCGCUCUGCUCUACGAUCGGCCUGACACAGCAGAGCUUCCCCCUCGGCGAGAGCUUCCAUUUAGGCGUGAUUCCCUGCCCACGUCUUCUGGCAGCGACAACAAUCGGCCUCGAAGCCGUCCAUCGACUGGUAUAAUGGGACCACCACCAUUACCAUCACGCGUCAGUGACCUGCGACCUGGCUCUGCUCGCACCAUUAGCUUGGACAGCGAACUGCCUCCGCUGCGUCAGCCGACAAUCGUUGCUGACACCACAAAGACGACGCCUGCCCAACAACGACCCCACACUCCUCUGUCGCCUUCAAGGGGUCGAUCGAAGUCAACACAACCUACAACCAUCUAUGAAAACCAACAAACUUUCUCACCGACAUCAUCGUCACCUCAAGCAUAUCCGACGCCUGCGUCCACGAGUCCCUCUGCAACACGGCCGCUAAGCGCUGUCAGCAGUGGCGCCCAGAACCGACGCCAAUCCGCAUCGCCAGGCGUAUUUGCAAGCCCCUCUGCUUCCGGAGGCAAGGAUCCAACUGACCUCACCCUCGAGUCAGCUUUUGCCGGUGACACCGUGAACGACUUGAAGGCUUAUGCGAUGCAGAGCGAUGACGGGCGCAGGGUUGCUCUGAACAACUUCAUCUUCAAGAGCCUCGACAGCAAUGACUUCCUGACGCUGGUCGAAGACAUGGAGACUAACUGGGCUCGACUUGGUCUUGGGACGUGGUGAUUACAGCAGCAUGAUGCCUCCUGAGAGCAAGCAGAUAGGAAAGGUAAUGACAGAUCUUGGAACAUGUGGUGGAACAAAAGCUCUGUCUGAAUUACAGUAUCAUUAGCCCUCGAGGAAUAUCUUUACGAUCUGCGGGUUUGGCGCAUGCGAGCAUAUCUAUCAUUACAGACCUAUCACA